AUGUCCAUCACUGGGCAGUCCGAUGUCGACAUGGAAUCGUCGUCGGCGUUUUCGCCGUCUGAACCGGCUGUCGAUGAGGUUUUUGUCUCGAAACACAACCAGAGCGCCGAAAUCUAUCAGAGAAUACUGCACACAAGCGAAAACCUGUACGUUGUAUUUGAAGACGAAAAGCAGCAUUUGAUGGGCGACGUCCUCCUCUCAUGGGCAAUGAAGCAACAAAGGGUAAGCAUCGGCACGUUAUGGACGCAACAACUUCACUAUAAGCAACUGGACGUGAUUCACCUA